AUGGAGAGGAGCAAGAAAGAAGAAGGAGAAGCGGCUCUCUCAAAAUCGAUGAAGGAAGAAGAAGAAGAAGAUAUGUGUAGUAGUAGUUGGAAGGAAAAAAAGAAGGACUUGGCAGAGGAGCAGAAGCGGAGAAGCAACACAACAACAAAAAAAAGAGCAGAAAAAGAAGAAGAAGCAAUGAGACUCUGGCUCAAUGUGCAUAUUAAUAUGAUUAACAAAUUUUUGAGAAAGGCUUCUCUUUUUUUGAGAGACGACUGGAAGUUUCUGGGUGAGAUCUGGGAAAUCUGGAGAUUCUGA